GAAAGAGAAGAAGAACAGGACUUGGGAUAGGAGAGAAAGAGAAGAAGAACAGGACUUUUGGGAUAGGAGAGAAAGAGAAGAAAAACAGGACUUUUGGGAUAGGAGAGAAAGAGAAUAACAGGACUUGGGAUAGGAGAGAAAGAGAAGAAGAACAGGACUUUUGGGAUAGGAGAGAAAGAGAAGAAGAACAGGACUUUUGGGAUAGGAGAGAAAGAGAAGAAAAACAGGACUUUUUGGAUAGGAGAGAAAGAGAAGAAGAACAGGACUUUUGGGAUAGGAGAGAAAGAGAAGAACAGGACUUUUGGGAUAGGAGAGAAAGAGAAGAACAGGACUUUUGGGAUAGCAGAGAAAGAGAAGAAGAACAGGACUUUUGGGAUAGGAGAGAAAGAGAAGAAGAACAGGACUUUUGGGAUAGGAGAGAAAGAAAGGAAGAACAGGACUUUUGGGAUAGGAGAGAAAGAGAAGGAGAGAAGAUGGGGAGGAAAAAGAUCCAGAUAGCACGGAUUAUGGAUGAACGUAACAGACAGGUGACAUUCACCAAGCGGAAGUUUGGCCUGAUGAAGAAGGCGUAUGAGCUGAGUGUUCUGUGUGACUGUGAGAUCGCCCUCAUCAUCUUCAACAGCACCAAUAAAUUGUUCCAGUAUGCCAGCACUGACAUGGACAAGGUCCUGCUCAAAUACACAGAGUACAACGAACCUCACGAGAGCAGGACUAACUCCGACAUCGUGGAAACUCUGCGUAAGAAGGGUCUAAAUGGUUGUGACAGUCCCGACAUCGAGGCAGACGACUCUGCUGGUCAGAGCCCCGAGUCAGAGGACAAAUACCGCAAAAUCAAUGAAGACAUUGACCUCCUGAUCAGCAGACAGAGACUCUGUCAGGCUCUCCCCCCGCCUAACUUCGACAUGGUUGGCUCCAUCCAGGGCCAAAACAACAGUGGACUACUAUACUCUCACCCCGUGGUGGGGGGAUCCUUGUAUAACCACAGUCUUCUGCCUCUUUGCCAAACACUCUCUGGCCUGCAGAGGAACAGCAUGUCGCCUGGACCCCAACACACACACCAACCCCCCAGUGCUGGAAACUCAGGAGGGAUGAUGGGUUCAGAGCUGUCUAACACCGUCUCCAACGCUGGUAGUGGUAACUAUGGUAACCACCGUACUUCACCGGGGAUGUUAUCUCCAGGAGGCAUGGCCAACACUUCACCCCCGAUGAUUCAGGCCAAGACAUCACCCCCGAUGAACUCCAUGACCCUGAUUGGCAACCGCAAGCCAGACCUCCGCACGCUGCUACCCCCUGGCAACAAGAACAACAUGCCCUCCAUCUGUGAGGAUUUUGACAUGAUGCUGAACCAGAGAAUAAACCACUCUCAGUCUGCCCAGACAUUGGCUACCCCCGCGGUCUCCAUAGCAACACCUACUCUGCCCGGGCAGGGUAUGGUAGGGUACCCCUCUGCCCUCUCCACGUCAUAUGACACAGAGUACUCUCUGGGUGACCUGUCAGGGUUUGGUAACAGAUCAGGAUCUCUCCACCUGGGAUCAGUAACAGGCUGGCAGCAACAACCGCUACAGAAUAUACAGCACUCAGCACUGGGACACAUGGGAAACAUUUGUCAGAACUCCAACCUUAACCUCCAGAAUGUCCAUCAGAACCUCUACAUCAAGUCAGAGCCCACCUCCCCGGCCAGAGAUCGAGGCAUCGGAUUUGUCAACGGAGGGAUGGGGGGGGUGUCCCAUGGCUACCCAACAAAUCAGGGCCCGGCGGAGGCAGGGCAGUCUCCUGGUGACAGCCUAUCCAGCUGUGGCAGCUCAUACGAUGGCAGUGAUCGCGAGGAUCACCGCGGAAAUGACAACUUCCUGCUACACCCGAUGUCCAAUCAGGAGCGCCACAGCCCGUCCCUCAAACGAAUGCGCCUAUCAAAAUGCUGGGCUACAUGAUAAGGCAUGCCUCUUAUUCACAGAGGGGGAGGGGCUUGUGUAGAGUUACGUUUAGUGUUAUUAUGACCAUUAUUAAGCUUGUGUCCAAAAUGGCACCCUUUUCCCUACAUAGUGCUCUUUCCAAAAGUAGUGCACUUUAUAGGGAAUAGGGUGCGAUUUCAGAUUUGCCCUAUAUUCUUCUUGUGCAGAGUGAGAGUGUUCCACUAUAACAGGGACAUUAUAUACAGGAGUGUGGAGGGAAUAUAACAGUGACAGACUGGGUCUGAAAUGGAACCCUAUUGCCCACAUAGUGCACUAACUAUGGGGAAAUAGGGAGUGAUUUGAGACAACCAGUGAUAUUAUACAGGAGUGAGGGUGGAUAUGGUGUGGGAGGUCUGUUGCCUGUGUUGUGUAUUUGUGGGAGAGAGAGGGAAUCAGUAAAUUAAUAUGUACACUAUGUAAACUAACUAACAAAGGUUGAAGAAGUCUGGUACUCUGUAUGGGUAAGAUACUGGUGAGUCACUAAUAUACUAGGAGACACAAGGACAGGCACUGUGAGUGGACACGUCAGGGUGUGUGUGUGUGUGCGUGUGUGUGUGUGUGCGUGCGUGCGUGCGUGCGUGCGUGCGUGCGUGCGUGCGUGCGUGCGUGCGCGUGUGCACUCGCUACCUGGGCUCUGAUGUCCCAAUCUGCAGCUGGCUGACUAGCAGACAGAGUGAGUGUUCACUACAACCAAUUAAUGUUGCCGGUUCAACAUAUUUAUGUGUAUAUAUAAAUGAAGAACAAGGGAGGAUUUGUCAGACAGAGAGAGAAAAUGAAAGGGAUAGAGAGAUAGACAGAGAAGGGAGGGAAAGAUGGAGAAAAGAAGAGAGCGAUAGAAGGAGACAGAGAAAAAGGACAACGAUAGGGGGAGAAGGAAGAAGGAGAGGGUGAAAGCCAUUAUGCAACAGGUUGCACAAAGCUGGAACUAUAGAUUAAUAGUGAUUGAUCGAUCAAGAAGUGAUUCUAAUAUUCUAAUUAUACAGCUGGAACCCUGGACAACUAGAAUGUCUCACUUGAAAUGAAGGCGCCUAGGAAUUGUAGUUCAACUCAGUCAGAAUACUUUUUAAGAGCCAUAUGCUAACAAAUACUAUCUGAGUCAUGGAGAGAAAGAGAGACUGUUUUACCAGCCAGAUAGACAAAGCCACAGGGAGGAGGUGGUGUGAGUUAAAACAGAACUCCCAAAGCCAUAUUAUUAUAACAUUGGAAGUCAAAGCUUCGCUGCAAAUACAAGUGGUUUCUCUUUAUAGUAUUUUGAAAAUAUUUAGAAAAUCAAAACUAUGAAAUAACACAUAUGGAAUCAUGUAGUAACCAAAAAAGUGUUAAACAAAUCAAAAUCGAUUUUAUAUUUGAGAUUCUUCAAAUAGCCACCCGUUGCCUUGAUGACAGCUUUGCACACUCUUGGCAUUCUCUCAACCAGCUUCAUGAGGUAGUCACCUGGAAUGCAUUUCAAUUAACAGAUUAACAGUGCCUUGGUAAAAGUUAAUUUGUGGAAUUUCCUUCUUAAUGUGUUUGAGCCAAUCAUUUGUGUUGUGACAAGGUAGGGGGGUAUACACAAGAUAGCCCUAUUUGGUAAACAACCAAGUCCAUAUUAUGGCAAGAACAGCUCAAAUAAGCAAAGAGAAAUGGCAGUCCAUCAUUACUUUAAGACAUGAAGGUCAGUCAAUAAGGAACAUUUCAAUAACUUUGAAUGUUUCUUCAAGUGCAGUCGCAAAAACCAUCAAGCGCUAUGAUGAAACAGACUCUCAUAAGGACUGCCACAGGAAAGACCCAGAGUUACCUUUGCUGCAGAGGAUAAGUUCAUUAGAGUUACCAUACUCUGCAGCCCAUAUAAAUGCUUCACAGAGGUCAAGUAACAGACACAUCUCAACACCAACUGUUCAGAGGAGACUGUGUGAAUCAGACCUUCAUGGUCGAAUUGCUGCAAAGAAAACGCUACUAAAGGACACCAAAAAUAAUAAGAGACUUGCUUGGGCCAAGAAACACAAGCAAUGGACAUUAGACCGGUGGAAAUUUGUCCUUUGGUCUGGAGUUCAAAUUGAAGAUGUUUGGUUCCAACCGCUGUGUCUUUGUGAGAUGCAGUGUGGGUGAACAGACGAUCUCCGCAUGUGUGGUUCCCACCGUAAAGCAUGGAGGAGGUGUUAUGCUGUGGGGGUGCUUUGCUGGUGACACUGUCUGUGAUUUAUUUAGAAUUCAAGGCACACUAAACCAGCAUGGCUACCACAGCAUUCUGCAGCGAUACACCAUCCCAUCUGAUUUGCUUAGUGGGACUAUUAUUUGUUUUUCAACAGGACAAUGACCCAACACACCUCCAGGCUGUGUAAGGGCUAUUUGACCAAGAAGGAGAGUGAUGGAGUGCUGUAUCAGAUGAUCUGGCCUCCACAAUCCCCCAACCUCAACCAAAUUGAGAUGGUUUGGGAUGAGUCGGACCUCAGAGUGAGGGAAAAGCAGGUAACAAGUGUUCAGCAUAUGUGGGAACUCUUUCAAGACUGUUGGAAAAGCAUUCCAGGUGAAACAGGUUGAGAGAAUGCCAAGAGUGUGAAAAGCUGUCAUCAAGGCAAAGGGUGGCUACUUUGAAGAAUAUAAAAUCUAAAAUAUAUUUUAAUUUGUUUAGCACUUUUUUUGGUUAAUAUAUGAUUCCAUAUAUGCUAUUUCAUAGUUUUGAUGUCUUCACUAUUAUUCUACAAUGUAGAAAAUAGUAAAAAUUCAGAAAAACCCUUGAAUGAGUAGGUGUUCCAAAGCUUUGGACCGGUAGUGUAUAUUUCUACCUAGUUCUAUCAAAUAAUUAACCCAAUAACCCACGUCUGUGAAAUUAAGGAUGGCCAUAGUUUUUGAAAAUGUACUUAAAAUAAUGGGAACAUUGUUAAAAUAUAGUUAAAACCUUGUUUUUGUCUUCAUAUUGUGGGUUAUUAUGUAGCUAUGUGCAGGUGCACAUAUUUUCUAUCAAUCUCAAACGUUUAGGAAAAUGUUUAGUUAAAGCUUCUCAACCUGCCACUGAUGUUAGCCUAAUAGCACAUUCUUAAGGAAGGGUUGCUUCAAAACCCAGAUGAAGUCACUCCUUGAUUAAAAAGCAUUCUCAAUGUAGAAUCUCCAUUGGAAGUGUGUGUUAGUUCAGGAAUAGGACUAAUCUGGGUCUGGGAGAUCUAAGACUGUAGAGUCAGCGUGUAUAGACAGAGCAGAAGCUGGACGGCUGCCUCUCCUCCCUACAGACAGUUUUAUAUGAUGUCAGAUAUUAUUACUGAGAAUGACAUAAGAAACCCACCUAGAAGCACAACUUCUGACUUUGAAAGUCACCUUUGUUCUAUGUUGCCAGGUUGCAAUACAAUACAAUACUGAUUGAUGAUAUCAGUAGACUACAAGAGGGCAGAGCCCCACAAUAGGUUAUAGACUAACCAACAGCCUGAGGCUAUCCUACUCACCUAGCUCAUCAUAGCUACAGUAUUGUUUUCAUUCUAUUUUAUUUUUUCUUCAUCAUCAAAAUGGUCUGUAAUGUAAAAAUCUGCAAUUUACCUGUACCUCAGAUUUACCACACCCAUUAUCAUAGUUUGAAUGGGAUUCUGAGAAUGUUGUAUAAUUUGAUUACAUCAAUAUAGGUCUGCUCCAUGCAAUAUCCACUUCAAUCAUAUCAUGUUUUGUAUCAGUUUUAUCAACAGAAUAAAGACUUUUCGUCUCAAUAAUGUAAUAUGGUAUCUGAGUGAAGGUCCCUGGAUGAUUUAUUUAUGUGGGUGCCAUGUUGAAUUGUGUUCUUUAUGUGAACUUUAUAACACUACUAACCAUAUGACAGUGGGUAGUGCACUCAGAGAUUAGGGGUCAGACACCAGGACGUCUUUCUGAGGUGAAUGUUUGGACGCUACAAGGCUCCAGGCAGCAGAAGCAGGCCUUUGUCACCACUUGAAGACAAUGUUUCUUACCAGAAGGAAGGGAGCUAACAUAAAUAAACAUGUAUUUUCCCGCACAGGCAAUGAAAUUAAAAGGUAUUUGUAUUUUGCAGAACAAUAUACAGGCUCUUUACUUUUAAACCAGCCUCUGUGGUUUGUUUGACUCCCAUGACUCUUGUUUCUGUUCCUCCAGCAUCUCACAAACUCCACAGCACCACAUUCAGACCGCAUCUGAUGUACCUGGGCCGUAUCCACAAAGCAUCUCAGAGUAUGAGUGCUGAUCAUACUUUGUGUUAUUA